UCUCUCAGCCAGCAUCAGAGUCCUUGCACAAGGGCCUGAGAAAGCCUCACUCAGUCUGGGCCCCACGGCCCUUCUCUUCUCACCUCCUGCUACUUUUUUGCACGCUUACUCCCUCCUCUCUGACCUUGCCCUGCUCCACUGUCUUCCUCUGACCUGCCCAGUGUGGUCUAGCCUCAGGGUCAUUCACCCUGCCUGGAUCCACCUGCUGCCCGCGUCAUCACAGACCUGACUCUCUUGCCUCAUUUAAUUUAGGUGUUUGCUCAGAUGUCACCUGUGCAGUGCCUAACCCUCCCCUGACUACCCUUUCAAAAAUAACAACUCCUCCCCUGCUUCACUUUUUUCCAUAGCUCUUCUCACCAGCUGACGUACUCUUUCACUCCUUUCUCUUCUUUUCUGACGGUCUUCCCCACUAAAACAUGAAUUCCCCAAGAGCAGGGAUUUCUGUUUUGUUCACUGCUGUAUCUCCAGGAGGCGCUCACAGGAGGCACUCAAUAGGUGCUGACCCCACAGGAGGCGCUCAAAGAUGCUCGCUAAAUGAACGAGACAGAGAAGUAAACCCAUCUGAGUAAGGCAGAUUACUAGGACACUUAUUAGGGGUCAGGUGGGAAAUACAGUAAUAACCAAAAUACAAAACCCUGUGUGCUGUUGAGGCUUGGCGCAGCCGGUCAGAUUUUCCCUUAAUGGGUAGGUCCUGUUGCAGCCAAAAGAGGAACUAGUAAAAUUGCCUGUCUUCACCACCAGGAGUCACACUGAACUCUUUGUGUGCUCUGAAACAAGCAGGUCUUUGAAGUAAACCCAGUGAAGUCUCUGAUGACAGGACUCUCAAAUGUGGACACUCCGUGGCUUUGUGACUUGCAUAAUAGCCCAAAAUUGUGUCUGCUCAGCCAACUUCAUUAAGCGCUCCGACACGAGAAAGGAUCAUAUACUGUGUAUUUCCUUACAUAUUAAAGAAUGAAGCUACAAAUAACAGAGAAAGGUUCUUUGAAACCUGGUUUGGAAGGUCUUAUUCUUAAUCCAACAGUCCCAGCCAGUGAACAGUUGACUGAUGAAAGCUCAUUCCUUCAGGAAUAGGAAGCUUCGUGUUUACUUCCAAUUCACCCUCAGCGAAGAGGGCAGUUAUGGGAGGAGGGGGGGGCUGCAGUGAACAGGGAGGGUCCUGUUCUCUACAGGACAUGCUGAGGGAGCAGCAUGGAGGGCAGGUUUGCCUAAUGGUUACAUGCUUAGACGACGACGACUGGAAUCUGACUGCAUGGGUCUAAAGCCUGGCUGUGCCACUUACACUCUGUGGCCCAUAGACGUCAUCUGGACAUUUUGUACCUCCGCUUCCUCCUCUGUAAAUGAGUGAUAAUAAAGAGCACCUACUUUCCAGAGUUGUGAUGAAAGAUAAAUGAGUCAGUACCUAUAAAAAUAGCAGUACAGAUCUACAUGCCCUCAUCCAAUACGCUUGGGGCCAGAUGUGUUUCAGAAUUUCAGAUUUUUCAGAUUUUAGAAAGGUGGCAAGGGGCACAUACAAGAUGUUACAUAACCCCCUCAGUGGGCUCAGUAAUCAGCCACAUUCAGAUUUCUGUAGCAGAAUGUUUGAGCGAUCAUGCUAAGUGAGAAUCAAUAAAGACCAGGAAGGGCCUUGUUCAUUUUACAUCUGGAUUUGCUGCCCAAAGGGUUAUAAAGAAGGGGUUUUUUUUUGUUUGUUCAAAGAUUUAUUUAUUUGAGAGCAAGAGCUGGUGUGUGCUCAGAGGAGAGGGGCAGAGAGAGAAGGAGAGAGAGAAUCCCAAGCUGAUGGGACACUGAGCACAGAGCCAGAUGCAGAGACUCGAUCCCACAACCCUAAAAUCAUGACCUGAGCCAGAAUCCAAGAGUCAGACGCUUAACCGACUGCACCACCCAGGUGCCCCAAGUUUUGUUUUUAGCGCUUUGGGGAUUUUGGAAUAGCAGAUAAGGAAUUAUGAACAAAUUGGAAACUACAUUAAAAGCUUCUCACACUCCAGGCACAAUAUAUUCAAUCUGUAAAAUAACUCUAUGAACUCGGUAUUAUUAUUAUCCCUAUUUUACAGGUGAGUGUGUUAUUAUCCCUAUUUUACAGAUGGGAAAAUUGAGGUAGAAAGAUUUUAAAGAAUAUGCCUAGGGUCACACUGCUAAUAAGUAGCAGAAUCAGGAUUCCAAUCCUGGCAAUCCAGCCCUAGAGCCUGAGCUAUGGUCUGGUAGGCCAUAUUGUCUGAUUUGAACAAUGCCAGCCAAGUAUUAUGAGCUCAACAAAUGUUAGUCUUUGCUGUUAUCAAGAAGGAGAAUACAGACAGUAAGAGGCCUGAGGAAUGCAAAGCAGAGGGAGCAGGCACUAAGUUUCAGGAAGGCUUCAGAAAGGCAAGACUCCUGUGGCUGGAACUCAGAUGAUGGGGAAGACUUCUAGGUAGAAGAAGGGAGCCCCACAGAGUAAACAGCUUUUGCAAUGUGCUAGCAGAAGGAACCUCCUAGAAAACUUCAUGUCUGGUGUAACAGAGGAUGCAAAUGAAAACGUUCAGGUGAGGAGCACCAUACUAGCUUUUUUUAAAAAAGAUUUUAUUUAUUUAUUCAUGAGAGACAGAGAGAGGCAGAGACACAGGCAGAGGGAGACGCAGGCUCCAUGUAGGGAGCCUGAUGUGGGACUCAAUCCUGGGACUCCAGGAUCAGGCCCUGGCCUGAAGGCAGGUGCUAAACCGCUGAGCCACCCAGGGAUCCCCACUAUACUAGCUUUCAACUCCUGCUGUGACAAAUGAUCACAAGUCACAAGCUGCUUAAAACAACAAUGCAAACUAUUAUCUUGGCACUCUGGAGGUCAGAAGUCCAACAUAGCCUCACCAGGCUGCAACCUGGGUGUGGGCAGGGCUGUGUUUCUUCCUGGCGGCUCCAGGGAAUGACCUGUUUCCUGCUCAUUCGAGUUGCUGGCAGAAUUCAGUUCCUUGAGGUUGUAGGAUUAAGGUCUCUGUUUCCUGACUGUCAGCUGAGGGUCCUUCCCACAUUUAUGAGGCCAACCAUAUUCCUGGGCUGGAGCUCUGUUCUUCCAGCUUCAAAGCCAGUAAUGGCAAAUCAGGUCCCUCUCAUGUUUUGAAUCUCUCCUGCCUCUUCUGUCCUUGCAUCUCUCUGAGCUCUCUUUCUGCCUCUUCCUUUUUUUUUUUUUUUAGUAAGUGUUUCUGCAAUUAGAUUCAGCUCACUCAAACAAUCCAGAACAAUCUCCCUGAGGUCCGUACAGUAAUACCCCCUUAUCCACAGCUUUGCUUUCCAUGGUUUCAGUUACCCGUGGUCAAGGAGAAGAUGAUUCUCCUGACCUAUCAUCAGAAGGUCAGUGGUAGCUUAACACUGUGUUAUAGUGCUUACGUCAGUACCUCACUUCAUCUCAUUAUGUAGGUAUUUAAUCAUCUCCCAUCAUCAUAAGAAGAAGGGUGAGUACAGAACGAUAAGAUAUUGAGAAAGAGAGCACAUUCACAUAACUUUUAUCAUGGUAUAUUGCCAUAAUUGUUCAGGUAUUGUUAAUCCCUUGUGCUUGAUUUGUAAAUUAAACUUAUACAUAAACUGUGUAUAUUUAUAGGAAAAAACAUAGUCUAUGUAGGAUUUAGUACUGUCCACAGUUUCAGGCAUCCACUGAGGGUCUUGAAACGGAUCCCCCUCAGAUAAGAGGGAACUAUUAUAACUCUAAGUUCAUCUGCAAAGUUCCUUUUGUCAUGUACAUAACACACUCAUAAGUGCCAGAGAUUAGGAUAUGGACAUUUCUGAGAGGGCAUUAUUUUCCCUACCAUAGUCUGCCCUCUGGCCCCCAAAGAUGCAUAUUUGUCCCACAUACAAAAUACAUUCACAAUGUCCUCUUGUCUCCAAAAGUCUCCUACCAUUCUGGUGAGUCUCUAAAGCCAGGCUGAGGGGCUUAGAAUUUAGUCGGAAGGUGUUUAGGGAAUGAUGGUAGGCUUUGGGGACAGAGGUGGAGACAAGAAGGCAAGAAAGGAAUCCUCCUCUUGCUGACCUCUGCCUCCUUCUGUGUUCUCAGCCUCUCAGCUCUGAGCUAUCUGCCCUCCAGGUACCCCUGGGAUGGCGUGAGCACUCCGCCAGUGAUGGACCCCUCUGUGACGCUGUGGCAGUUUCUGCUGCAGCUGCUGAGAGAGCAAGGCAAUGGCCACAUCAUCUCCUGGACCUCACGGGAUGGCGGUGAGUUCAAGCUGGUGGAUGCUGAGGAGGUGGCCCGGCUGUGGGGGCUGCGUAAGAACAAGACCAACAUGAAUUAUGACAAGCUCAGCCGGGCCCUGCGGUACUACUAUGACAAGAAUAUCAUCCGCAAAGUGAGCGGCCAGAAAUUUGUCUACAAGUUUGUAUCCUACCCGGAAGUCGCGAGGUGCUCCACUGAGGACUGCCCACCACAGCCCGAGGUGUCUAUCACCUCUACUGUGGCUAAUGUGGCUCCCGCCACUGUACAUGCUGUCCCCGGGGAUCCUGCCUCGGGGAAAUCGGGCCCACCCAAGGGUACAGGAAUGGCAGGCCCCGGUGGCUUGGCGCGCAGCAGCCGCAAUGAAUACAUGCGCUCAGGCCUCUAUUCCACCUUCACCAUCCAGUCCCUGCAGCCACAGCCACAGCCACCCCCUCAUCCUCGGCCUGCCUCAGUGCUCCCCAACACCGGCCCUUCAGGAGCAGCAGUGCCCCCGUCUGGGAGCAGGAACACCAGUCCAAGCCCCUUGGAGGCCUGCCUGGAGGCGGAGGAGGCUGGCCUGCCUCUGCAGGUCAUCCUGACCCCACCCGAGGCCCAGAACCCUAAAUCAGAAGAGCUGAAUGUGGAGCCUGGGUUGGGCAGGCCACUGCCCCCAGAAGUGAAAGUGGACGGGCCCAAGGAAGAGUUGGAAGCCGCAGUCGGUGGGGAGGCGGGGUUUGUGCAGGAAGCCGCUAAGGCCGGGCCGGAAGUCCCUCCUGCGGAGGGCGUGCCGACCCGGCUGCCCGCGGUCGUCAUGGAGACUGCAGCGCAGGUGGGCGGCCUCGCGGCUUCCGCUGCUUCCAGCACAGAGAUCGCCCAGCCUCAGAAGGGCCGGAAGCCCCGGGACCUGGAGCUCCCACUCAGCCCGAGCCUGCUGGGUGGGCCAGGACCCGAAAGGACUCCAGGAUCAGGAACUGGCUCCGGGCUGCAGGCGCCGGGGCCAGCGCUGACCCCGUCCCUGCUACCUACGCACACAUUGACCCCGGUGCUGCUGACACCCAGCUCGCUGCCCCCCAGCAUUCACUUCUGGAGCACCCUGAGUCCCAUUGCACCCCGUAGUCCAGCCAAGCUCUCCUUCCAGUUUCCGUCCAGUGGCAGCGCCCAGGUGCACAUCCCUUCCAUCAGCGUGGAUGGCCUCUCAACCCCCGUGGUGCUCUCCCCAGGGCCCCAGAAGCCAUGACUACCACCACCACCACCACCCCCUUCUGGGGUCACUCCAUCCAUGGCCCUGAACUUCUCUCCAGCCAGCCGUCUCAAGGAGAAACAUAGUUCAGCUGACAGACUUGUGCUCUAGCUGUGGUGGGGUAGGGAUUCUAGGAAGGAUCUCUCAAUAACCCUUCCACAGGAAACAUACAACUUCUCUCUUCUUGGUCAGUUCCUCAGUGGCCGCCCUUACACGUCUUCUACUGCAUUGGUGGAGACGGUUUAUUUAUUUAUUUUUUGAAGGCCACUGGGAGGAGCCUGGCCCAACCCUUCUGGGGGGGGUUGGUGAGGACAUCUCCCCCAUCUCCACAUUUUCUCCCCAAGAUGAGACAAUCGGGGUCUGGCUUGAGAAGGACCUUUCUUUAUUUAUUUCUCAGCCUGUGCUUGGGAAGCUGAGGGAGCCCUGUCUCCAUUUUGGGGUGUGGGUAGAAGAGAUAGCUUGUUGUAGUUUAUUAUUCCUGGCCAUACCCAAGGGUCCAGGAAGAAAUUGUGCCGUUUAACGGUUUGGGAGCCUUGGCCAAGAAAGACACACUCUAGAAAUAGGAAUUUCCACCUCCCCAGCCUUCUCUCAGAUACCACCAUUUUGGCCAGGGAGGAAUGCUCCUUUUGUUCUUCUCCCCCUGAGAAGCCAUUCCUGUAUCUGCCAAACUCCUGGAGUCCUGCCUGUUACCUCCCAAUGGAGGGUUUUUUUGGGGAGUGGUCCCCGUCUGGGGGGCCCCUCCAGCCAGUACUCCAGGUCUCCUUGUCCCCUACCCCCUGCCAUUUUGAUAGUAUAAUCUAUUUUUAAACAGGGCUUUUCAAUAGGGGAGAGGGGAGCAUCUCUUCCUAUAUCUGAGAUGCGGUGGGUGGGAAGGAAGGGAUUUGGGGGAGGAAUCUUCCUGCCACUCCCAAGUGUUUAUUUUUGAUACCAAACGUGUAUUUUCAGCUCCCUCCCUCCCAGCCCCCCAAUUUCCUGCGGGCGGGUACAAAGGACCCUUUAAGUGUCCCUGGAGUUGGGAGGGAGGAAUGGGGGACAUAAAGCCUGUCCUAUCUGAAUUCCAGGCUGGAGAGGGUGGGUUCAAAGGACUCCUGGGCUCACCUCCUGUCAGCACCGGCCCAGCCCAGGCCUGGGGACCUGGGGGUUGGUGAUUUGGGGGACGGUGCUACACCUGUCUCCACUGUUUGUUUUACUUCCCCAAAAAUGGAUCUUUUUUUUCUAAGAGUCCCAGAGAAUGGGGAAUUGUUCCUGUAAAUAUAUAUUUUUAAAGGUGA